AAUCAUACUUCAGUGUGAUUGGUUGUCCGACGGGUCAUGCGUACUGUUUUACCGACAUCUUCUCCCACGUAAAUUUGACGUAAAUACGAACACAAAAAUCAAUAUUUUUGUCAGACACUAUUUUAUUUAUGGUGUUAUCGUUUUAGUUCAGCUUUGUUGUGUUCUGUGCAAGUUACGAGUAUGUACCAGCAAAGCGAUCCCUUUACUGAUCCCAGGUUUUAUCCACAACGCAGUAUGUCUAUGUUUGAAGAUAGAAUCGUUACAAAUCCUGGAAGCUUUAACACAAAUACGACAUCUGUGGACGAAAGUGUACCAUUGGAUUUAGAAGAAAACAAGAUGGAAUCCGAUGCUAUUCUCAUUGAAAAAAUACAGGAAGGACUUGAAAAUGCUGACUGCAUUUUUAACGAUCUGAGGAAAGAAAGAUACAUGAUACAACACCAGAAUUUGAUGGGUAUGACAGUCACAUCAGGAAAUGUGGUACUCAACAAAGAUGAGAAAAAUCUCAUAGGCAUCAGCAUAGGAGGAGGUGCACCUUUAUGUCCUUGCUUAUACAUCGUUCAGAUAUUUGACAAUACACCAGCGGCCAAAGAUGGAACACUUCAGAGUGGCGAUGAACUGGUGGGAGUUAAUGGACAGACAGUUAAGGGAAAGACGAAAGUAGAAGUCGCUAAAAUGAUACAAGCAGCUAAGGACACAGUGACAAUAAACUACAACAAACUCCACGCUGAUCCAAAGCAAGGGAAAUCGUUAGAUAUAAUAAUGAAAAAGGUGAAACACAGGCUCGUUGAGAACAUGUCGACCGGUACAGCCGAUGCUUUAGGUCUAUCCAGAGCCAUUUUGUGUAACGAUACUUUAGUUGCAAAGUUAAACGAAAUGCGGGAUACUGAAAACACUUAUAAAAAAUUGGUGGAACAUGCAAAAAGAAUGCUCAAAUCAUAUUUCGAUCUUCUGCAAACUUAUAAAUCCUUGGGAGAUAUCUUCUCUGGUAUCGGUGUUAGAGAGCCUCAGGCAAGAGCGUCUGAAGCUUUCACGAGAUUUGGACAGUACCAUAGAUUGCUAGAGCGAGAUGGCAUAAAAAUGUUGAAAACUCUGAAACCAAUCUUAGCAGAUAUGGGCACAUAUCUCCACAAAGCGAUACCAGAUACGAAGCUGACGAUACGUAAAUACGCCGACACGAAGUUCGAGUAUUUGUCCUAUUGUCUCAAAGUUAAAGAAAUGGACGACGAGGAAUACGGUUACAACGCGUUGCAGGAACCCUUGUAUAGAGUCGAAACUGGGAAUUAUGAAUACAGAUUAAUUCUCCGUUGUCGGCAAGAUGCUAGGAACAGAUUUGCUAGACUAAGAUCAGAUGUUUUAGUUAAGUUGGAAUUGUUGGACAAUAAGAAGACGCAAGAUGUUGCUUACCAAUUACGUCGAUUUAUACAAGGAUUGGCUGUUUACCUCAACGAGACAGUAGUGCAUCUAAAAGAAAACUCAACUCUUUUCCCGGUUGAAGUUGAUCUUUCCCAGAAUGCAUUUCAGUACAAAUCUACGGAACAAAUUAUACAUGAUGGUCAGGAUGAUGACGAAGAAAUUGAAUUUGCUAAAGAAAUACAAGAAUACCACGAUGUAUCUGAUGAAGAAACUAAAGACACUAAAGUUACCAAUCGCCGUCAAACGAAAGACAAGGAUGAUACGGAUUCAUCUGAACAAUUGCUACCGGGAUUAACAACUUUAGCUCUGGACAGUGACAGUAAUGCCAAAAACGAUAAUGACAAUUUGACAUUGUUGACAGAAUUGGGGCUAGUCGACACUCGUACGGACGAUUUUGGCGAAUUCCAGAACGGAAUCUUAGACGAAUUUCUACCAAAAAAUAAUACCGGUUUAUCGGACGAUGUUUUUGAUAAAUUGCUUAAUGAUUUGAGUGUUGCAAAUUGAAGACGAAAUAAAAGAACCGAAAUUUUGGAAUUUUAAAUCCAUUCUUUUAAAAUUUCUUCUUGAUCUACUUUUUGCAAACUACUACCAAUAAUAUGAUAAAGAAGAUAUCUACAUAAAAUAAUAUAUUUUAAAAUAUAAUGGUUAUUUAAUAAAUAAACGCAUCUGUACU